AUGUCUCAUACUUCAAAAAUGAAGACACGGAGGGCUACACGCAAAGAGCGCGUAGAAAACCAAGAACAAGGUGAAGAAAAUAUUGUUCAUGCCGAACAAGAAACAAAGAAAGUUCCAGAAGAUACGAGUCAUCGUACAGAACGAUCGGCGGCGGGUAGUGCUAUAAAACACGAGUCGCGCCGUGCGCGCUCGCUUUCACAAUCAAAAUCAAGAUCUUCGGUAUUAUCUAUCGAAGCACGUAAGAAAAGAUUGUUGUUGGAAGCGGAAAAGCAAAAAGCGGAAAUUCGGAUGCAGCUUAUUGAUAAAGAGCUAGAGGCAGACCUAGCCGACUUAGAGGAAGAGGAAGAGGAGGAGGAAGUAUACAGUUCACAUGAUAAGGAGGAUCGCACACAAAACAUCGAGAACUGGAUGGAGAAAAGCCAGCAGGAGUUGGAUAAGCUGCAUAUUCCGGCUGAGAAUGAGCCCGUUGCGGGUACCUCACGCGACACGAUCCAAAUGCUCGCUGCAACAGUCCAGACCCUAGCCGCUGCCUCUGUCCAGAACAAACCUAACACUAACCUUUUGAGCCGCAUCUGCACACCCCGAGACUUACCUGAGUUUAGCGGAGACCCGUUAGAUUGGCUGCAAUUUAAAAGGGCGUAUGAGGAGUCGACAGAAGUGUGCCAAUUUAGCCCCAAAGAAAACCUGUGGAGGCUUCGUAAAUGUCUGCGUGGAGCGGCAAAAGAUGCAGUCUCAGCUCUGCUCAUCAGUGCAACUUCGCCUGAACGUAUUAUGGAAACGCUGGAGCUACGAUUUGGUAAUCCAGACUGCAUUAUUUCUAAGCUCAUGCAAGAUAUUAAAAGGAUCCAACCUGUCUCCUCAGAAUACCAAAAGGAUAUAGUGCAAUUUUCUGUAAAGGUGCAGAACUUCGUAGAAGCUGUAAGGUCAGUGGGUCGUGAAGAAUACCUACAGGGCAUGAGCUUAGUGCCGCUAAUCUUAUCUAAAUUACCUACUGUUCUAUUAUCUAAGUGGUCGGAUUAUAGCUUUCCUCUUAUUAAAACUAGCUCGAAGUCACGUUUGGAUAUUUUAGCAGACUUCUUGAAUACGGAAGCUAUACGUAUAUCUACUACUUCUAACAUUUAUACUAUGAGUCAACGUGCUGACAACGUAAAAACAAAAGGUUACGAUAAGAACCCGCGCCCGCAACAUGUAUUCCUGCAAUCUGAGCAAGAUAAUGCCGACAAGUGUUAUUUCUGCCACGGAUCAAAACACAAACUAUCAGAGUGUAAACAAUUCCGAAAGGCCCUUCGCAAGGUACGUUGGCAAUACGUAAAACGUAAUGGAAUUUGUUACAAAUGCCUAGAUUCCCGCCACAACCGAGAAACCUGCCCGGCACCAGUGUGCGAUAAGGAUAAUUGUGGGCAAGCGCAUCACAAGCUACUUCACUUUGUAAACAACAUCACUGCGCGACGGCCUAGCGACCGCGCGCCGGCCCGGGAGGUACCUAUCGCUGCCGCGGAGCCCGCCGCGCCCCAGGAGCACUCGGCGGAACCCGCCGCAGGCGCGGACCCACCGACGGCGGAGGUUGUUACAAACAUCAACGCGAGUAGUUGCAAAGUGUUCCUUAAAGUGGUCCCUAUACGUGUGUAUACGGCUAACGGUAAAGUGAUAAACUGUAGUGCGUUACUCGAUGACGGAUCUUGCGUAACAAUGAUAAGUGCUGACUUAGCUGCCCGUGCCGGACUCCGCGGUCAUCGGGAAACAAUGCGCGUGAAAGGACCUUGGAAAGAUAAUCAAAUAACGUGCGACAGUAUGGUGGUGAAAUUUGAACUUUCUGGUAAGGACAAUAAGGUUCACUCCAUUAAAGCAAAAAGUGUUUCCGAGUUAAGUUUGCCUCCGAAUAGCUUAUCAUUUACCGAUUGUACUAAAUAUUCACAUUUAAAAAAUAUUGCAAGUUCCUUGUGUAAUGAUAAUGAUCUAAAGCCGGAAGUACUUAUAGGACAAGAUAACUACCAUUUGUUAGUGCCUUUAAAAGUUAUCUUAGGUAAGAAAAAUGAGCCGUCUGCUACUUUGUCUCCCCUGGGGUGGUGUAUACAUGGACCCAUGCGCGUCACGAGAGCGACGCGUGCCGCCGACGCCCCCGCCGAGCGCGAAGAGAGCGCGGCGGUAUUGUUCGUGAGUGAGUGCGGCCGCGAGGAGCAAGCGCUACGGGACCUUCACGAGGAGGUGCAGCGCGGAUUCGCGCUGGACGCCCUUGGAAUAUCAGGUAAGCCGCGACAGAACGUGGAUGACGUGCGGGCCGUCGAACAGCUGGAGCGCACCGCUCGUCUCGUCGACGGGCGCUGGCAAGUAGGCUUGCCCUGGAAGGACCCCAACUGUACGAUGCCGGACUCAUUCCCGAGCGCUCUGAAUAGGCUUAAAGGCAUCGAGAGGAAAAUGAGUCGAGAUCCUGGUUAUUCUAAAAGGUACUCCGAACGCGUGGAUCAUUUAUUAAAUAAUGAUUUCGCCACAGAACUGAAGGAAACUCAACGUACUCAAAGGACGUGGUACUUACCACAUUUCGGCGUUGACAACGUAAACAAAAACGCUUGCGUCUGGUCUUUGAUGCUGCGGCCACAUCGGAAGGGUUGUGCCUAA